AUGAACACAAGAUCUCACGGUAAUCCUCUUUUUGAGCUUGAUCCUGAAAUCAACGCUACUUUGCGCAAUCUCAAGAAGCAAAAGAAUCAAGCUGAGCCGGAUACGAUGGCUACCCCUGAGCAAAUUCAAAUUCGAGCUUUGAAAGAUCAAAUGAAAAAGCUACUGGAUGAAAAGGUGGCUGCAGAGGCUCAGAAGCCUCCGAUUAAUGAGGCAUUCAUACCGCAGUAUUUUUACCAGGAACCUCCACGUGUCAAUGUUAAUAAUUUCGAGCUGAAGACUGGUUUGAUCACAAUGGUCCAACAGAGUCAAUAUGGUGGACAUGCGAUCGAAGAUCCUAAUGCGCAUCUGGCGCAUUUUCUGGAGCUAUGCAGCACGUGUACCAAUCUCCUCAAAAUAUCCAAACACCAUCGCCAACAAGUUGAAGAAGAGGACCAAGAAUCAUCUCCGGCAACGGCUCAUGACGCCCCCAUCUUUUCCCCCUACAACGCCCGGACCCGGCCGCUGCUGGACACCGUAGACAAGCUGCGCCACCUCAAGAUCAUGCAGGAAGGCAUCCAACUGCCCACCAUCAUCGUCGUUGGCGACCAGUCCUCUUUGACUCUCGUCGUCAAGAAGAAAGCCAACGUCAUCGACGAGAUCAUGUACACCACUCAGGAAAUCGUCGGCAAAGGGAAGAUGAUCUCCAACACCCCCUUGACUCUUGUCGUCAAGAAGAAAGGCGUCCCCGACCUCACCAUGAUCGAUCUCCCCGGAAUCACUAGGGUUCCGGUCAAGGGCCAGCCGGAGGAUAUCUCCGAACAGAUCUCCAACAUCAUAAUGAAGUACAUUACGCCCGAGGAAAGCAUAAUUUUAAACAUUCUAUCCGCCGGCGUCGAUUUCCUGAUGUGUGAGUCGAUUCGGAUGUCGCAAAAAGUGGACAAAACAGGGCAGAGGACUCUCACCGUCGUCAUGAAAGCCGAUAAGUCGCCGGAGGGGCUACUCGAGAAGGUCGUCGCAGACGACGUCAACAUCGGCCUCGGCUAUGUCUGCGUCAGGAACUGCAUCGGCAACGAGACUUAUGAAGAAGCUCGGGAUGAAGAAGCCAACCUCUUCGACAAUAAUCCCCUGCUUUCGAGGAUUGAUAAGUCCAUUGUUGGGAUUCCUGCUUUGGCAGAGAGGUUGACGAUGAUUCAGGCCAACAUUAUCGUCAAAUGCUUGCCUGAGAUCGUGCGGAAGAUCAACGAGAAGCUCUCGGCCAACGUCGAGGAGUUGAAUAAAAUGCCCAAGCAUCUGAGCUCCAUCGCUGAAGUAAUGACUUCUUUCACGAACAUUCUCGGCUCCGCGAGAGAAUCCUUGAGGAAGAUCUUGUUGCAGGGCGAGUUUGACGAGUUUCCAUCAAAUGAUGAUAUGCACGCUACUGCAAAGCAAGGUUUUGAGAUUGGAUCUGAAUGGGGAAAAUUCGACACACUAAGUGGAAUGUUCUCUUUGAUGAGGAGGCAGGCACUAUGA